AUGUUCGAGGCACGUUUGAUACAGAGUGCAAUCCUGAAGAAGGUUUUGGAUGCAGUUAAGGAUCUACUCACUGAAGCUACCUUUGAAUGCUCUGAUUCGGGAAUUACGGUACAGGCUAUGGACAACGCUCACGUAUCCCUGGUAUCCUUGAGCCUCAGAAGCGAUGGAUUCGAUAAAUACAGAUGUGAUCGAAAUCUAUCAAUGGGAAUGGCUAUUGCAACCAUGUCCAAAAUCUUGAAAUGUGCUGGGUCUGAAGAUACCGUGACCCUGAGGGCUGCGGAUAAUCCUGACACUGUGGCAUUUAUUUUUGAAUCAUCGAACAAAGAAAAAUUAGCUGAGUAUGAGAUGAAACUCAUCAACAUGGAUCAAGAGCAUCUUGGAAUACCGGAAACAUUCUACUCUUGCGUCGUGAAAAUGCCAUCCCAAGAGUUUGCCAGAAUUAUCCGUGAUCUCUCCCAAUUCGGUGAAAAUAUCACGAUUGCGUGCACCAAGGAGGGAAUUAAAUUCACAGCCAUCGGAGACUCCGGAUCAGCCAAUGUCAAACUCGCGCAAACAGCAGAUGCCGAAAAAGAGGAGGAAGCGGUGAUAAUCGAAAUGCAGGAGUCAGUGAAGCUGUCAUUCUCCUGUCGCUACUUGAAUUGCUUCGUGAAAGCAACUCCCCUCUGCGCCCAAGUCCAGUUAUCCCUGUCGAAUGAUGUACCCCUCGUCUGCGAGUACAAAAUCGGUGAUAUCGGUCAAAUCAGGUACUACCUGGCGCCUAAGAUCGACGAUGAGGACGAUAAUGCAUAAACAAUAGGUUGGAAUGUCUCUGACUUCCAGGAUCAACUUCAGUCCCUAAGAGAAUUGAUUUUUUCACUCCUAGUGAAAGGUCUUUCGUUGUAAAAAAAAGUGUGCCUCAACUUUGAUAAAAUAUUCAACUGUUGUUCUAAUAUUUUUGAUACAAUCGUAAAAUGCAGACCAGUAUUUUUCCACUAUAGUAUAUUGUUCAAAUUUGUAAUUUAAAAGUUAAGUUUGGAUACUCAUAGCACUACAAUUUUUGUAGUUGGGCAAAGCAUUUGAACAAUUAUAGAAAAAAAAUUUCCACACCGCAUCUCAUCUUUAGUAAAGUUUUUUCCCUCAAUUGUAAUUAUUUUUUCGUAGGACCAUAUUGUUAAAUUGCCAUUUUUUACUUUUUUCAAAUACAUAAUAACGUAAUACUAUUUUUGAGGAAAAUUCAUUUGAAAUAAUUGUCAAGCACAUUAUUUGCAAUAAUGCAAGCGAAGUUUCAAACCAACUGUCGAUAUCCAUCGACGUACUUCUCGUAUGCGAGUACGAAAUUGGGUAAAUUGUUCAAAUCAUUCACGACCUGGCAUAAAAGAUGGGCGACGAAAAAUUUAGCGCAUGAAUCCGUCACAUUUUCCAAUAAGUUUGAACGUCUGUCGUUCAGGAUUCAUUUCAAUCCAUCGGAAAAUCGAUUUGUUCACAUCCAGUGAAACGUGGUUGUAAAAAAAUUAUGCCUUUACGUUGGUAAAAUAUUCAACCAUUAUGCAGAUAUUUUUCCAAUAUAAUAUAUUAUUCAAAUUUUACAUUUAAAAGUUAAGUUUGGCUCGUCACAGUAGUAGCGCAACGUAAAUUGAUACUACAAUUUAUCGUAGUUGGGCAACACGUUUCAAGAUUUAUAAAAAUGAAUAUUCUACCAAUAUUGAGAUUUUUCAUCUCAUCACUGGUAAAAUUAUUCACUUUUUCGCAAUUGUGACUCUAUUUUUCAUAGGAUCAUAUUGUUAAAUUUCCAUUUUUUUUUACUUCUGUUCAAGUAUAUAAUAACGUAAUACAUUUUUUGAGGAAAAUUCA